ACACACACAAGUUAUCAUGUCCAGGUGUGGAUGAUCAGUGUCCAGAAGUUUGAUGAUGCAACUCUUUAACUCAUUUCCCCACCCAGUGACACGAGCUUGGUGUUUGGAGGCGAGUGAAGAUUAGUGAUCCAGAACUAUAAAGAACUUCUAAAGAAGACCUUGGCUGAGAAAACGCACAAUUUGCUCACAGAAUUUGAAGGCCAGAAUGCAGCAUACGCACUAGUCAGAAAAGCUCCUCCUUCACUUCCAAACUCAAGAUAAAUGAAAGUGAAACCGUUCCCUCAAACAGAUCCAUGAAACUCUCUCCAGCGGCAGACAUAAACAAUGGCAAGCUCCAGCACUCCACGCUCAGAGAACCUUUACGAGUGCUGCUUGUGUCUUACAAAGUCGAAGACCGUCGUUACACUUCCCUGUAAGCACAACUUCUGCAGGUCCUGCUUGAUCAGUGAGUAUGAGGGCACAGACUCCUACAGCUGCCUGCAGUGUUCGCAGAUCUUUUCCAUGAAGCCUGAUCUGCAUGGACCUUCAGAAAAAGUCAUGGACAAUCUCAAGAAGAUGGACCUCCACACUGAAACCACAGCAGGCACCACUACCGAACGUGAGGACGUGGCCUGUGACGUGUGCACUGAUGGCAUACACACUGCCAUCAAGUCCUGCCUGGUGUGUCUGGCCUCGUACUGCGAAACGCACCUCUGGCUGCACGAGCACCUCCACGCGAGGGCUGCACACACACUGGUGGACGCGACAGCUCAGCUGCAGGCCAUGACAUGCUCUACACAUGGAAAGGUCUUGGAGGUUUACUGCCGUAACGAGGAACAACGCAUCUGUUGCAUGUGCAUGCUGGAGGAUCACAAAGGACAUGACAUGGUGGCAGCAGGGCAGGUAGUAAAGGAGAACCUGAGAAAGUCAAAGCAGAUGAUUACAGAGCAAGAGAAGCAGCUGAAGGAGUUUCACUUGGCUGAAAACACUCUCAAGGACAUUGCAACGGCCACAGAGGAGGAAUGCGAAAGGCUUUUCGGCCAGCUGGUCCACUCUAUAAAGCGCAGCGGGUCUGCGAUGAAGGUCCUGAUUCGAGCUCGGGAGCGAGCAGAACUGUAUCGGAUCAAGGAGCUGAUGGAUCAGGCAGAGGAGGAAAUACGUGAGCUGAAGAGCAGGGAGCUUUUAAGGACUCCGAAUGACUUGCUGCAGUCGACUUCUGGGAAUGUCACAAAGAUGACCAUCAAUCCCCAGUUCUCCUUUGGAGAGGUGGUAAAAUCCGUCUCUGCACUCAAAGAGCGGAUCGAAGAUGUCUGGCAGCAUGAAACUGAUCGGAUAUCGUGGGCAGUGAAAAAAGACAAGAUCGUGGUUCCUUCUGAACCAAAGACGAGAAAAGACUUCCUGCAAUACUUGGUCCCACUGUCCCUGGACCCUGACUCUGCCCACAGGAGCCUGAGAAUAUAUGAUGAGAAGCGAGUGGUGUGCAGCACCGAGUACCAGCCCUACCCUUACCACCCCGAACGCUUCGACUGGUGGGCGCAGGUUCUGUGCCGGGAGCCUCUGAACAGACGCUGCUACUGGGAGGCUGAGUGGGCGGGUUUGCACGGGGUGGACAUAGCUGUCUCGUACAGAGACAUCACCCGGAAGGGGGAUGGUGAUGAAUGCAGCUUUGGGUACAACAAACAGAGCUGGAGUUUGGAUUGCGCCAUAUUGAAAUAUACUUUUGCGCACGAUAAUGUGGAGACUGAAAUCUUGGGGCCCGUGUCGCACAAAAUAGGGGUGUAUCUCGAUUACAAGGCCGGAGUGAUGUGCUUCUACAGCGUCUCAGACACUUUGACGCUUCUCCACAGAGCGGAGAUGAGGUUCAUGCAGCCUCCGUAUGCCGGGUUUGGGUUGUAUCAGGGAUCCACGGUGAAGAUAUGCCAGCUAGAUACAGAGGCAACACUGACUGAGUGAAGAGCAGAACAACUUGGAAUGAAUAAACAGAGGACAUGAACAAAUCACACUGGUUGUCAGGUGAUCAGUGGUUUGAAAUGCCACCAUAGGCAUCCACAGCUGAGAGACCAUGAAAAAGAAAUGUUAUUUGCAACUCGAUCCAAUCACAAGAAUUUGAAAGGCUCAUUAGGCACCUCCUCCAAGCAUGUUCCCUCUAACAGCCCCAAUUCCAGAGAAGUUGGGACACGGUGUAAACUGUAAAUAAAACCAGAAUGCGAUGAUUUGCAAA